AUGGCGCAACAAGGUGGCGGCGGACUAUCUUAUACGAUUGUCCCUUUCAACGAUAUCAACAAACUUCCUGCCUGUGCUAAUGCCUGUGGCCCUCUCUGGGAUGCGAAUGGCGCCUGCGUCCCCCCGGCCGUUGCUACUGCGGAUGCAAACACAUACCAAUCCUGCUUUUGCUCCAAUGCAAAGGUUGCACCAUUCGCAAACGGAGGAGCCGCAAAUGUUUGCCCAAAUGCAUGCCCGGGAAACCCACAGGGCUUAAGCUCCAUCGCGAACUGGUUCACGAGCCUCUGCAACGGCAAGGCACCUGGAAAUACUCCCAAGACAACAGGAACGACCUCAGCUACCGCGACGAACACCGCAGGUUCAUCAGGAAACAAUAGUGGUAGCAGCAAUAGUGGAAAUGGCGGCGAUUGGCUUUCUAACCACUGGCAAUGGGUCAUUAUGCUCGUGGUUCUUGUUGUUGCUAUCGCUGGCAUUUGGAUUGGCGCAUGUAUCUGGCGUCGUAAAUACUUGAAGAAGAAGGACCGUCAAACUUCACUUGGCCAGAAGCACUCGGGGUCUGCUAGCCGCCCAUCAUGGGGUCCUACCGUCACCGGAUCUGAGUCUGCCACACCGAUGGCGUUCAAUGCUGGUCGGGAUGCCGAGCAAGGAGUUAUUCCCGAAAAGCCACGAAAGACCAAGCAGAAGAAGAAGUGGACGGUCACUCAGCGCACUUAG